AUGCAACGAAUUUUAUUCAUUUUCGAGUUUUUUAUCACGCUGAGUGCUUCAAGUGACGUGUGCUAUGAUAAAAUCUCAAAUAGUUCCGAAGCUGUCACAGCAUUAAUCUUAGCAAGAGGUGGUUCGAAGGGCAUCAAGUUGAAAAACAUUCAAAGAAUCGAUGGCGUAACGUUGCUAGGAAUUUCUUUGACAGAACUUCAACAAGCAAAUAAGUUUGAUACGAUUUGGGUAUCAACUGAUCAUCAAGAUAUUGCAGAUGAAGCCGAAAAAUGUUUGAAUAUUUAUUUUGAAACUUCAUCUUUAAAGUUAAUUUGGCAUUUCUUGUUUUCAGAUAAUGUAAACGUUCAUUGGAGGGAUCCACAAACAGCACUUGAUGGGACUUCGUCGAUAGAAUCUGUGCAAGAAUUUCUAAAUUAUCAUCCCAAUGUCGCUAAACUCGCGCUCAUUCAAUGCACAUCACCAUUCAUAAAUCAAAAAUACAUUCGAAGGGGAAUCAAAAAGUUUUCGAAUCAUCAUUGCGUCUUCUCUGUCAAAAGAAGCUUCAAUCUUCGUUGGAAGUUUGACAAGAAAAGUAAAAGAAUUUUUCCGAUCAAUUUUGAGAUCAAUAAAAGGCCUCGAAGACAAGAUUGGAGUGGAGAACUCGUUGAAGCUGGAAUGUUUUACAUGAGCUCAGUUGGUCUACUAAAACGAGGAUUAUUUCAAAAUGAGAGGCGUAUGCGGCGUUGUUGUCAUAAAAUCAGAAGAUUCCUUGGAAAUUGA